UACGGAUGUCUUGUUGCUUCUUAUCGCACAUGUCCCCCACAUCCCUUGUCCUAACCUGUACAUGAUGUCUGGAACAGCCACAAAGCGAAAGUACUUUAACAUCAGGGCUAUCUACGAAAAUCUCUCAGCUGGUUCUGUAUCCGCUCUUCCGCCUUUUCAUGCCUUAACGAGUUGCGGCACAACGUCCUUCAUAUGCAACCAUUUAAAGAAAUCAGCUUGGAAAGUAUUCCUAAAGCACCACACACUUCUUUCCUCUCUAAGAGAUGGAGAGCUAACCGAAGAAAAGAUGAAAGAAGUCGAGAAAUUUGUUUGUAAAAUGUACAGAUUGGAUAGCAUAUGUUGUUCUCGAAGAAAGGAAAGCCAGAGGCGCUGCCACCGACAAGUGAUGCUUUAUCACUACAUGUAAAGCGUGUUUACUAUCAGGCAAUUGUAUGGAAACCAGCUCACUACUCAGAGUCUCAUCUUCCAGAUCCUUAAACAUUAGGGUGGAAGAAGAUCGCUGAUAACAAACUUCAACCACUCCUAAUGACACAAGAUCCGAUUCCGAAAGCCUGCCAGGAAAUAAUCUCAUGCUCAUGCUUUACUGGAUGUACAAGUCUCCGCAGCAGUUGCAAGAAGGCUAAAUUGUUUUGUACCAGUGUCUGUGGGUGCAAAUCGAACAAUGUCAAUAUACAUUCCUGUAAAAACACCGACACCAAAUGAACUCAGUGAUGUAUUUAACUAUAGAGCAUGAUGUGCGUACCUUUAUUGACAACAAAGUCAUCAAGUUAAGGUUUGAAAAAUAACCCUUUGGAAUGAAUUUUUCCGAUAUUUAUCCGCAACAGAAGGCAUAGUCUUUAAAUUGGUUUGUGAAGCAAAAACACACGCAUUAUCAUUUACUUUAACGCAAGUGCAUAAAUGAUUAUUUACUCAUAGGAAAACUUCUAAGUAAUAUGCUUGUAUUUUAGAACAAAAUGAAACCAUCCUACUCGGUGAGGGUAUACGUAUAGAUUAACAAGGAUCUGCAGGAAGUUUCAGUUAUUGGCCGCUGGUUUAAUUGUUUAUCCACAAUUGAACAACUAAUAAAGCCAGCAGAGCGUAAGGUGUGUUUUCAUUCAGUGCUCAAAUUUUGUGACCUUUUGGGCAGGAAUUAACAAUUAAGUAAAUAUAUGGCUAAAUGUGACGUCAUUAAUGACGUCACAUGUUGCUUUCAAUGUAUUCUGCAAUGUAAUCGAACUAAUUUAACUGGAAUUAGGCGGGAGGCAAGUUAUGUGGUAUUCUGAAGUGCAAAUAUAAAGCAGACGGCUUAGUAUAUAACUUAUAUUGCAAAGUUAAUACCACGAUCACGUCAUUUUCAAUGUCAUUUUUGUGACGUCAUUUUGAGGCUGAAGAUGGCAAAAAAAAUUGUGGUAACAAGCAUUUUCGUUUUCAGCACGUCAAAUUACUUUAAAAAAUUCCUGUUACCAAUUUUUACUAAGAAAUGCCUCAUAACUUUCAAAUUCUGUGAAAGUCGUCUAGUCUAUAUUCGAAAUCGAAGACUAGCAUUAUGAUUUCUGAGUAAAACUAUAUCUUUCCGGGCUUUCGACCGUCUGUUUGUCUUGUUUUGUUGGGCUAGGGUUAGGGUUAGCGAAGCAGUUGCAAAAAUACGCCAAUAACUUCAACCGUUAUGAUUAGUUAAAUAAAUCACAUUUUAACAGAAAGGGCAACACAGAAAUAGCUAAUAUCAUUACACUCGUUCAGGUUUUUGUUUUUCAGUCACUUAAGAAAGUAUAAACAGAAGAGAAUGUUAAUUAGUUUUCUCCUUUAUUUUCGUCUUAUUGUUAAAGAAGUGCCUGACAUGAACAGCACAGACGAGGUUAUACAAGUCAUCUCAAUCGGCCUCAUUGUUGCAAGUUUCCUUCUUUACACCGGCCGAGUUCCAAAAGCCAUCAAAUUAUGCAAGGAAUGCUUUUACCUACUGACAAACACAGGCGCAAAAGACGAGAACUUAACCAGAUUUUUUUACAAGGUGAUUUAUUCGAAACUGUUGCAGGCGCACUCUCUUAUAAAAGAUUACACAAACGUGAUAAAAUACGCCACAAACCUCGUUCGCAUUCACCACGAAUGCGGUGAAAGACAAAAAGAAUGUUGGCUAAGUAUAACACUAGCGGAAAUGCACCUCAGUGGUGGAAAAUACGCAGAAGCGAAAGAACUCUGUGAGAAAGCACUCCAUAUCAGUACAGCAGUGUGUCAAAGAAACUUAGAUCUAUAUUGUUACGAAAUCCUAGGGAAGGUGUAUCAAUUAACUGGUGAGUACGAGAAGGCAAGAGAAAAUCACGAGAAGGCGCUAGCGAUUCAAAAAGAAAAUGGAAACAGAAAUGGCGAGGCCAGUUGUUACGGAAACCUUGGGAUUGUGUUUCAGUCAAUUGGCAAAUAUAAAAAGGCUCGAGAAUAUCACGAGAAAGCACUGGUGAUCAAUAAAGACACCGGUGAGAGAGAUAAAGAAGCCUUCUGCUACAGUAAUCUUGGAGCUGUGUAUCAAUCAGUUGGCGAAUAUGAGAAGGCUAGAGAACAUCUCGAGAAAUCGCUGGCGAUUAACAAAGAAAUUGGUAACAGAAACGGAGAAGCCGCCUGUUGCGGUAACCUUGGAACGGUCUAUCAAUCAGUUGGAGAAUAUAAGAAAGCGAGAGAACACUUCGAGAAAACACUUGCGAUAAACAAAGAAAUUGGUGACAGACAUGGAGAAACCUACUGCUAUGGAAACCUUGGGAAUGUGUAUAAGGCAAUUGGCGAAAUUGAGAAGGCUAAAGAACACUAUCGGAAAUCACUUGCAAUUAGUAAAGAAAUUGGUGACAGAGAUGGAGAAGCCUCAUCUUGGAUAAACCUCGGAGUUGUGUUUUACUCAGUUGGUGAGUACGGGAAAGCCAGAGAAUAUCACGAGAAAGCACUUUCAAUAAAUGAAGAAAUUGGAAACAAAAAGUUAGAAGCGUCAUCUUAUGGAAACCUUGCGUUGGUGUUUCAAUCAUAUGGUGACUUUGAGAAGGCUAGAGAAUAUCACGAGAAAGCAUUGGUAAUACAGAAGGAAAUUUGUGAUAAAAGUGGAGAAGCCUCGUCUUUGGGAAACCUUGGAAUUCUGUUUGAAUCAGUCGGAGAAAACGAGAAAGCUAUGGUAUAUUACGAAAAGGCGCUGGUAAUCAACAAAGGAAUUGGAAACCAAAAUGGCGAGGCCACUUGUUGCGAAAACUUAGGAACUCUGUUUCAUUCUUUAGGGAAAUAUGCCAAGACUAACGAAUACCUUCAGAAAGCACUUAAGAUCAGGAAGAAAAUUGGAGACAGACGAGGAGAAGCAUCAAUAUAUGGCAAUUUGGGAGUCCUUUUUCUUUUUCUUGGUGAUUAUGCCAAGGCUAAAGAUUAUCACGAGAAAGCGCUUGCGAUCAGAAAAGUUAUUUGCGACAGGAACGGAGAAGCACUAGAUUGCCAAAACCUAGGAAUUGUGUUUCAGUUCCUCAAGGACUAUGAAAAGGCGGAAGAAUAUCUUGAAAAGGGUCUCUCAGUAAGUCAAGAGAUUGGACACGUCGUGAAACAGUUUUCUUUGCUUUGCAAAAUUGCAUGGGUUAAAGUUUUGAAAGGAAACACUGAAGGUGCUGUGUCGUAUCUACUCUCAGGCGUUCAAAAAUGUGAAGAUUUGCGUGGUUUUCUCCGCGACAACGAUCAAUUUAAGAUAUCCUUUACAGAUCAAUAUGCUUCCGCCUAUUGGUUACUCAGUGCACUCUUUCACGCCUCCGGAAAUUUCAAGGAAGCUCUGUAUGUUUCAGAGCUUGGGCGGGCCAGAGCCCUGGCAGACUUAAUGUCAGCUCAGUACUCUAUAGAAAAUCAAUUGCAAAUUUCUGCUAAUCCCCAGACAUGGGUUGGAAUUGAAAGCAUAAUGGACAAAGAACCAAAUUCUACGUGUCUAUAUGUCUCUUAUUCUUGCGACAGUGUAACUGUCUGGAUUCUGAAGGCAAGCGGAGUCGUGCUUUCAAGAAGAAAACAUUAUGAAGAUGGAAUGGAUAAUUUACAGAGAAGAAUAGUUAAAAAUCUGAAUGACUUCUUUGUAAACGAGAGUUUUAGAUCUUUUUUCAUUUUACCUGAGGAACAUUGCGAAGACCGAUCUCUGGACAGUUUUCAAAGAAAACCAAAGCCACGUGAAGAAGGUCGCCACGACGUUUUGCGUUUUGGAGAAGAUGGCAAAGGUAGACUAGGACCGAACGUGAAUCUUUCUCUAUGCUACAAAUUGAUCAUUGCACCAGUGGUGGACUUGCUUGAGACCCCUGAAAUCAUCAUUGUUCCUGAACGGUCUUUGUACAACAUUCCAUUUGCAGCAUUAACUGAUGAAAGUGGCAAGUGUUUAGCAGAGAAUUUCAGAAUCCGCAUCGCUCCCUCUCUGACUAUUCUCAAGCUCAUUCAAGAUAGUCCAGCAGAGCACCACUGUCAGACGGGUGCAUUGAUAGUGGGAAAUCCUGAUGUUGGUCAGGUGCAUUUCAAGGGGCGCCUUACGGAUAUAACGCGAUUGCCUUGUGCAGAAACCGAGGCGAGGAUGGUGGGAAGAAAGUUGGGUGUCGAGCCUCUGUUGGGACAGCAAGCGACUAAGAAGGCAGUACUUGAAGCGAUGAAUUCAGUGGCCCUGAUUCAUAUCGCUGCACACGGUGACGCAGAAAGAGGAGAAAUUGCCCUUGCACCAUCUUUUCGUAUUCCUAACGGGAUACCUCAAGAAGGACUCUACUUAUUGACUAUGACUGACAUUGCAAAAGCUCAACUGCGAGCUAAACUGGUAGUCCUUAGCUGUUGCCACAGUGCUCGUGGACUGACAAAAGCUGAGGGGGCUGUUGGAAUUGCCCGAGCAUUCUUAGGAUCUGGAGCGCGCUCAGUGUUGGUGGCACUGUGGGCCCUGGAAGACAAAACAACAGAGCAGUUAAUGAGUCAUUUCUACGAUCACCUUGUUGCUGGGGAAAGCGCUGGUAAAUCUCUACACGAGGCCAUGAAGUGGCUGAGAAGUGAGGGCUGUGACGUGAACCAGUGGGCACCUUUUAUACUGAUUGGAGAUGACGUGACAUUUGAUUUUGGAAGGAAAGGUGUCGGCAAGAAUGACCAGGACGGCAGCGAGUGAUCGCAUGAGAAGUAAAAUAUGCCAUGACCUCAACGGACAGUUUUAGCGCUAGUACUAAGUUGUAUAUAGAUUAAAUCGAUGAUUGACUUUGGUCAUCUUCUGUCCAAAAAACUCCCUCGGCAGAAAUACCAAACGCAAAAUUUUUAACUUUAGCUCAAUAUCCCCCUUUUUUCUUAGAAUAAGCCAUUUUUUCUCUUUCAAAUAUGUAUCAAAUAUAUAUAUUUUUCUAACGAACGACUUGCUCGUACUCCUACCCUGGGAGUCCCCGUCUGGGUACCAAAGUGAGGUGUAGCUGAUAAAUUUAUGUUUUAGCAACGAGUCGUGCUUUGAAAUAUUCAAUUAUGAAUAAGGUACAUGAAAAAAUACUGACACGUAGUAGUAAUGUUAAGGUAACAUGAAGAAAGCGAGAAUUUAGAGUAACAUAGUGUCGGAAAGAAUACGUAUUUCCUUUGUUUUUAUUCUUUAAGCAACUUACUGCUUAAAAAAAGUUGACUAGCCUGUUGUAAUCUAAUUUAAAGUCUAGAGGAAUAAAUGAAAAUUGUAAAAUGCAAUAUAAAUCUCAGCUCGAGUCCAUUUCUCUAAACUACUUCUCGGCUCUAUUAGGUUAUGAAAAAGAAAUGCAAAAUAAAUAGGCGGCAUGGGGUGCGCUUAGCUAUCUGACGACUUGACAUUGAUAUAAGUAAAUUAACUGCUCUAGCUACGUUGAAAAGCUAAAAUUUCGAGGGUUAACCCACUCUUUACGGUAGAAGUAUGGCAGUUUUGCUUUCAACUGACCAUCGAAUGGCGAACGCUCAAGAUGUUAAUUUUUUAAAUCCACUAAGCGCCCCAUGAUCAUUUUCCUUUUUUCAAAUUCAAGUUGAUGUAGUGAGCUAAGUGUUACUUAGAACUGAUGAGUGUCAACAGUUUUCCGCUAUGGAUUUUUUUCCCCUUUAGUUGGAAUAGCCAGAAUAUUGUUUAACUGACAGCUGAGAAUAGGUCAAAAUUUGGAUUGUCAGCUGAGAAACAAUACGUUUUCUAACUUAUCUUAUCGCUGAAAUCCGCACGAAUCGCAAAUUAAAGUUUACUGAUAGUUUACUUAAAGCUGAAGAAUGAGCUGAAAGUUUUCACUUAUAGCUGAGAAAUCAUCAAAAAUUUUCCGGAGAACCGAGAUUCCAGCAGCUCUGUCUGGACCUCUCUCAUUGUAAUCGGUCAAAACAUGAAAAAGCCAUACGAAUAGGUUAUGACCUAAGUCAUUCGGGGGAAUCCCUCCCUUCUUGUUUGUUACCUAAGCACUAAAAACGAAGCGCAACUUGCUUAUUAAAUUAAAACGGGGGGAAGCCCCUUCUGCAGACGUUAUUUUGCAAACGGGAGCUUCGACCAAUAAUGAUUAUUGUGGAUUUUUGCCCAGCUGGAGCUUCUACUUGUCGUAGAGAAUGCGGAUUAAGCAAAAGUAAGUAUGUUUCAAAUGUUAGCCUGGUUUUGUCGCUUUCUCCGAGUGUUAUUAUUUCUUUUGUCCAUUGGUGUCUUUGUUCAUUCAGUGCCAAGCGGAAGCACGUGCUUUGUUUAUUUACAAUACUCUUUUGCUGCAGAUAUUGGUUUACAUAUGACUUAACACAAUAAACACAGCAUGAUUGAAAGGUAAGCCAAGUUUUCCUUCCUUUCCUUCCGUAAAUGGCUGAUUUUUGCAAGUGACACAAUUUUCUAAUUCGUGUUCGGCUGCGGGAACUUUUUGGCCCGAUGAGUCUAAAUUUUAAAAGUCUGAAUUUUAAAAGAUUUUGUUUGCUCUCAUUUGAAUUACCCGUCAUAUCUUGACUUGCCUCUGGGAAGAGACCCGUUUGGUUUUUGUUCGCCAUAUUCAUAUAAAUAAGCGACGAAAACCGUUGACGCUGUACUGCAAAUGAGCUUAAUUUUGUAGAUUUAAGAAUAUAAAGCUUACAUGCAAUGAAUGUUUUAAAAUUCAGUCCGGAUAUCACCAUACUAUUCAAGGUGACACAUUUCUUUCUACGUUUGGAUAUAUAUAUAUAUUUUCCAGCUUGUGUUGUCUAAAUUUAAACGUUCUUGCAGUGGUGCAAGAAUCUGAUAUGACAGAUAUACACUAGGUUUUUUGUUUUGUUGUUAUUGAAUGGACUAAUUGCAUGGUUUUGAAAGUGUCUUUAAAAGUUAUCGUGUAAAAUGUUUUUGACCUGAAGACAGACCUUUUUGAGGUUCAAUUACAGUCUGAUGAUGAAGAGGUUAAUUAAAUGUUUUUAUUUCUUUCUUUCUUUUUUAUUGAGUGAAACCUCAAGUAGUAACAAUCGUUUUGUUGUACUUCAUGAUUUUCUUCAUGACUACGUUGUACUACAAAGCUAGCAAAAUGACUGAGGUAUUCACAAGGAGAUUAGGGGUCUCCUUCUGAUGGUUGAAAGAAGUUAUGUAGUCUUCAAUGCUCUACACACUAUUGUAUAAUGUAUAAACGGGGAAGAUGCUAAGUUAAUGACAUUUCUUCUUGUAGUUAGCAUUCAAAGGGUGACGCCCAAGUAUAGCUUAAUUAAUUUCCUUUUUUUUUCUUUUUUUUUUUUUUUGCACAGUUAGACCUCAGAUUUUCACUGCUCUCCUCCUCUAUUUUAAUUAAUGAAUUGAUUCUCUGGCUGGAGACAGUUUGACGUGGUCAUGUACAUCAACUUGAGGAAGUUUUCUUUUGACGGAUGAAAUGAAUGAUGAGGAUUAUUGCCAUAAAGAUUAAGCGAAAUAUUGGGAUUCUUUCUAUACUUCGUUAUUAUAUGAAUUCAGAUAUACUGGUUAAACUAUAUUAUGCCUUAAUAUAUCCCUUCUUAACCUAUGGUUUAAUUCCUUGGGGUAACACUUA